AACGAGGAUAUUCCAAAUUAAAUGGAGGAUGAGGAAGAAGAAAUAACUCCUUCGACUUCACAGACUUCGUCGACCAUAACGCUAACCCAGCACAGUUUAGCGACAGUUAAAACAUUUUCAUCCACAGCUUUGAGUAGUGAAAAUAGUGCUUCGUUUGAAACAAUACCGCAAUGUCAAAUAGUAACGCACCAAGCUAGUGGAGAUUCUGUAGAGAGUGAAGAUUCGACAUCGCACCGCUUGUCUUCGUCGCCUAGAUACUCACCGCUUAUUAGUAAAUCGCCACAUUCAAGCUCAUCACAGGAGGAGUACGAAGUUGAUAAGCAUAAGGGUCAGUACUUAACUACUACGGGGUUUAGGCAGGAGACCACCAGAAGCAUGGAAAGCCUGCGUACAUCCAGGGCGUAUCACUCGACAAGCCAAUGUGAUAUGCGACGUUUCAUAUCCGAAUCGGUCGAAACAAAGUCGCUGGAGAGUUUGGAACGCGAAAUGAAACUGCGGAGGCACGCGGUGAGUGGCGAAGGCGCCAUGCUCGCGUCCUCCGAGGAAAUGAUCAGCGCCGAAAAGCGAAGAGGGCUGUGGUCCGGAAGGAUGAAGGUGCCCCAGCAUCUCAGUUUGCCGCCACCGUCCGGAUAUUUAAGUUUAAGUCCGGGAGAUAGAAGACUGACUAUAUUAUCCCCUCAUUCCCCUCACAGAGGACAGGAUUUGUUUCACAUGUCUCAGAUUACCCUCAAAACCAGAAGGAAGAAAGCUAUGAUAUUGCCUAAACUUGUGUUGCCUAGAAGCGAAUCCGAGAUCAGUGAAGUUUUUUCGGAGAAUAUUGAGUGAGUACCAUCUUCAAUUUCAACUAGAAGUA